CAGAUCACUGAGAGGUCAGAGCUGAUCACAGAGGAUGGCCGCCCCGCAGAAAGGAGAUCUAUCAUUGUCAGAGAGGAAGAUCCUGCAGGUCAUCGCUGCAGGUGACGUACAGGAAGCUGCCCAGCUGCUGGCUAGUGAAGAAGUACGAGUCAACUGUUUGGACGAGUUUGGCAUGACUCCCCUGAUGCAUGCAGCCUAUAAGGGCAAGGCCGACAUGUGUCGUCUGCUGCUGCAGCACGGAGCCGACGUCAACUGCAACCAGCAUGAAUACGGAUACACUGCUCUCAUGUUUGCUGGCCUGUCAGGAAGGACAGACAUCACCUCCAUGAUGCUGGAUGCAGGUGCAGAGGCAGACCAUGUGAACUCAGUGGGUCGCACUGCGGCUCAGAUGGCAGCGUUUGUAGGCCAGCACGACUGUGUCACAGUGAUCAAUAACUUCUUCUCACUCGAAAAGCUGGAGUACUACACCAAACCACACGGGCUCGAGAGGGAGCCCAGGCUGCCCCCCACGCUGGCAGGGCCCCUGCACAAGAUCAUCAUGACCAGCAACCUCAACCCAGUCAAGAUAGUCAUGCUGGUGAAGGAGAACCCUGUGCUGGUGAACAUGGCGGCUCUGGAGAAGUGUCACCAGGUGAUGGACUUGCUGUGUGAGCAGUGUGUGAAGCAGCAGGACAUGAACGAGGUCCUGGCUAUGAAGAUGCACUACAUCAGCUGUGUGCUACAGAAAUGUCUGGCCUUCCUGCAGAAACGAGAUGACAAGCUGGACGCACUCGUAAAGAGCUUGUUGAAGGGGAGGGACAGUGAUGGCUUCCCUCAGUACCAGGAGAAGUUCAUUCGGGACUGUAUCAGGAAGUUUCCUUAUUGUGAGGCCACACUCCUUCAAGAGCUGGUGAGGAGCAUAGCACCGGUAGAGAUUGGUAACGACCCAACAGCGUUCUCGGUGUUGAACCAGGCCAUCACGGGUCAGAUGGCGUUUGUAGAUGCUAACUACUGUGCUACGUGUGGGGAGAAGGGAGCAGACAAGAGAUGCUCCCUUUGUAAAGCAGUCACUUACUGUAGCUUAUCUUGCCAAAAGCUCCACUGGUUCGCUCAUAAAAAGAUGUGCAGGUGUCUACAGGAGCAGGAUGCCGACCUGGAGAAGGAUUCUCCAAAGCUGAAGGAUCUGAAAGAAGAUGAGAGCGACCUGGUGAUGGAGACAGCCAACUUCCUGCAGGAGCUGUGUCUGCGGGCAGAGGAGCAGGUGGCUGCCGCUGGAGGCUGUCCUGCGGAGCUCCGUGCCGGUCCCCCCACCUCUGCUGAGGGGCCGUCAUUCACCCAAGACUGAGGCAACAACCAAACAGGGGCCGUGAUGGAUUCCUGUGAAUUUUCGCAAAAGUUAUAAAUGGAGAGGCACAGCUGAAAUUAAACCAUGUGACACAAACACUUUUCCAGUGGCAGCUGCAAUAAAGAGAGGUGUUUUCAAAGUUUAAAUAAUGAAUGUAACAAAACCAUGCUUAAUCUGCAAAUACGAGGAGUCUAAUGAUGGUAUUUUAAGGUUGUUUUUUUUUUGUGGUGGAAAAGUGUUGCACUGUAAAGUAGUUCAGUUGGAUUAGUAUAAACCUACUGUCCACAAAGUUAUCUCAAAAUCGAAUAUAUGGUGUCCUCCUUUCUCCUAUUUCUCAUUCGGUAUUAUUAUGAGAUUAUCAAUUACUUGGUCAAAACAAGUGAUUAAAUAUGACUUUUUUUGCUUAUCAGUAGACAUAAGAACAAUAUCUUCUACAUGUUGGUCCCAAUGAAGGUGUUGGAGAGCUGGCUGUGUGGUUUUAUGAAACGUUAGUUGUUAAAAUAAAAACUAAAACCUGGUCCGCCUGUUCUCUCAAACCUUGAGCAAUGACCUUUGUUCCACAUUUCUCUCUCUCCUCACUUCCUGUAUCUCUUUACAGUCAUUACCUAAUCAUUG